UUUUCAUCACAAAAAUUUAUCCAUUCCUCGAACGAUCUCUUCGCACAGGCCGAUCGGUCAAGAAAUCCAGGGAAGAUUUGCGAAGCUGCAAUUGGAUUUAGGGUUUGUCGAUCGGGAAAGAUUAGGAUCAGGUAGAGGUUUAAUUUGGCUGCGAACGGGUUCAGGAUUCCAUAUCUAGGGUUCUCUGUGAAUUCUCAAUCUGGCGGCACAGCAGAGGGUGAGAUGGCUCACCGGUGGCGGCGUCGUGGUGUUGUUUCCGUUCAUGGCGCGCGGCCACAUCAACCCCUUCCUUGACCUUGCCCAUCUCCUCUCCGCUCGGUAUCCCUCCCUCUGCCUCACCCUCCUCACCACCUCCGGCAACCUCCCCCUCAUUCGACGCCUCCCCCACCCCCCUUCCCUCCGCUUCGCCGUCCUCCCCUUCUGCCCGUCCGACCAUGGCCUUCCUCCCGACGCUGACUCCACCUUCGCCCUCCCUCCUCACCUUGUCUCCCGCAUCUACCACGCCGCCGAGGCCUCCCUCCCCCCCUCCUUCCGCGCCCUCCUAAUGGAUCUCCUUGACGACGAAGACGAAGCAUCCCCUCCCCUGCUCUGCCUUAUCGCCGACAUGUUCCUCGCCUGGACCGUUCCGAUCGCCGAGGAGCUCGGCGUCUUCCAAGCCACCUUGUACACCUCCGGCCCCUUCGCCAUGUCCAUGUACAACUCCAUAUGGGUUAAUCUUCCGCACGCCGACGGCCGCGAAGGUGAUGACGACGAGAUAGCCGUCCCCGGCCUCCCCGGCGUCACAGUGCGCCGCCGUCAAUUGUCUCCCAAUAUGCGCUCCAUCACGUCGACCGAUCACCCGGCCUCCCAGUUCGUGCGGCGCCAGGCGGAGUUCUGCCACCGCUCCCGAGCUACACUGUGGAACACCGCCGAGAUCAUCGAGAAGCCGUACCUCGAGCAGUGGGCGAGGUCGAUGAAUCAACCGGUGUACGCGGUGGGUCCCUUGUUCGUCGCCGCCUCUGUCGGCGCUCGGAGAGCAGCCACGGACGACUACUGCGGACUCGCCGCGGAGUGCCUCGCUUGGUUGGACGAACGCGCGCCGAAAUCGGUUGUGUAUGUUUCAUUCGGAUCGCAGAAUAGGAUGCCGCCGGAGGAGAUGGUGGAGCUUCUGGCGGCGCUGGAAAAGCAGGGUAGGCCGUUCCUGUGGGCCGCCCCGGCGGCGGACCAAGCGCCGCCUCCGGAGGCGACGACGGCAGGCGGCGGUUUGAUGGCGAGGGGUUGGGUCCCGCAGGCAGAGAUCCUGGCGCACGAGGCGGUGGGGGCGUUUAUGAGCCACGGCGGGUGGAACUCCGUGCUGGAGAGCCUCCGCUUUGGAGUGCCGGUGGUGAUCCGGCCGUUGGGAGCGGAGCAGUUCUGCAAUGCGAAACUGGUGGUGGAGGUCCUAGGGGCAGGGGCAGAGGCUUCGGUGGGAGCGAAGGCUUUGGAGGCGGUGGCGGAAGUGAUGGGGGAUGGGGAGAGGGGGAAGGAGGUGAGGCGGAGGGCGAGUGAGAUCGCGGCGGGGCUUGCGGCCGCCGUGGCGGAGGCAAAUGCCGGCGGCGCCGAUGGUGUGGGGCCAUCGCUGUGUGCGUUGGACGAGUUUAUCAAAUCGGUUACCAUGUAGGAAGUCGACCCGUGCUCUAUCUUCCGAGUCACUGUGUCCCAUGUCUUGUGCCAGCUGUCGCAUCGGACAAGCACGUGAGACGUACUAUGUAGUCAUUUGUCGAAUAAAAUUACUAAUAUUUAUGCAAA